CCUCUACCCCCCUCCCCAGUCCCAGUUGGUGUGUUUGCUAAGAACAGCCUGUGGAGAGGAUCGUAUGAGUACCUGGGGAAGAAGCAGCCAGCCAUGCUGAGCAUCACCUCCUAUGAAGCCUUCAACCAGCGAGUUAACGGAACACUCAUCGACCACAGUGGGGUGGAACUCAAACUGGCCGGUACCUAUAAGAGAGAGGAGUCUCAGCUCCUGCUGCAGGUGCAUCAGAUCAGAGGUCCUGUAGAGAUCUUUGUCAACAAGUUCAAGAUGGAGAACUGGGCCCUCGACGGACAUGUGUCCUACAUAGCCUCAUCUAGUUCCUUUGUAUACCAAGGAUUCGUCCGAGGAAAAGGAUUCGGCCAGUUUGGCCUUCAAAGACUAGGUGAGUUUAUUAAACAGUCUGUUAGCCCCCUAUUAUCAGCCCAAUGUUAUUAAACUGUGUGUGUGUUUUUUCUUAAUUUACUUAAUUCCGCAUGGUUACAGGGUUAAUUCUGCAUGGUUACAGGGUUAAUUCUGCAUGGUUACAGGGUUAAUUCUGCAUGGUUACAGGGUUAAUUCUGCAUGGUUACAGGGUUAAUUCUGCAUGGUUACAGGGUUAAUUCUGCAUGGUUACAGGGUUAAUUCUGCAUGGUUACAGGGUUAAUUCUGCAUGGUUACAGUGUUAAUUCUGCGUGGUUACAGGGUUAAUUUUGCAUGGUUACAGGGUUAAUUCUGGUGGUUACAGUGUUAAUUCUUCAUGGUUACAGGGUUAAUUCUGGUGGUUACAGGGUUAAUUAUGGUGGUUACAGUGUUAAUUCUGCAUGGUUACAGGGUUAAUUCUGGUGGUUACAGGGUUAAUUCUGCAUGGUUACAGGGUUAAUUCUGGUGGUUACAGGGUUAAUUCUGCAUGGUUACAGUGUUAAUUCUGCGUUGUUACAGGGUUAAUUCUGGUGGUUACAGGGUUAAUUCUGGUGGUUACAGGGUUAAUUCUGCAUUGUUACAGUGUUAAUUCUGCAUGGUUACAGGGUUAAUUUUGCAUUGUUACAGUGUUAAUUCUGCGUGGUUACAGGGUUAAUUCUGGUGGUUACAGGGUUAAUUCUGCAUGGUUACAGUGUUAAUUCUGCGUUGUUACAGGGUUAAUUCUGGUGGUUACAGGGUUAAUUCUGGUGGUUACAGGGUUAAUUCUGCAUUGUUACAGUAUAUCCACUUUGUCAAAAUUUGGAAAUCAAAGUAUAUUUCUAGUGACCAGGCCGCUCUACAAAUCACUCUAGACACCACUCUAGAGACCACUCUAGACUCUAAAGACCACUCUAGAAACUAGACACCACCCUAGACACCACUCUAGAAACUAGACACCACCCUAGACACCACUCUAGACUCUAGACACCACUCUAGACGUCACUCUAGACACCACUCUAGAAGCCAAUCUAGACACCACUCUAGACAUCACUCUAGACACCACUCUGGACACCACUCUGGACACCACUCUAGACACCACUCUAGACUCUAAAGACCACUCUAGACACCACUCUAGACACAACUCUAGAAUAUAGACACCACUCUGGACACCACUCUAGACACCACUCUGGACACCACUCUAGACACCACUCUAGAUACCACUCUAGACUCUAAAGACCACUCUAGACACCACUCUAGACACAACUCUAGAAUAUAGACACCACUCUAGACGCCACGCUAGACACCACUCUAGACUCUAGACCACUCUAUACACAACUCUAGACUCUAGACACCACUCUAGACAUUUCUCUAGACACCACUCUAGACGCCACUCUAGACGCCACUCUAGACACUAAAGACCACACUAGAUCUAGACACCACUCUAGACACCAACCUAGACACAACUCUGGACACCACUCUAGACACUUCUCUAGACACCACUCUGGACACCACUCUGGACACCACUCUAGACACCCCCAUAAUGCCACUCUAGACUCUAUAGACCACUCUAGACACCAUUCUAGACUCUAGACACCACUCUAGACUCUAAAGACCACUCUAGACGCCACUCUAGACGCCAUGCUAGACACCACUCUAGACUCUAAAGACCACUCUAGAAACCAUUUUAUACUCUAAAGACCACUCUAGAAACCAUUUUAUACUCUAAAGACCACUCUAGACUCUAGACACAACUCUUGACACCACUCUAGACACAACUUUAGAUGACCUUGAAUGAUGGGUAAUCUGAUAUGACCUGGGAUGGCAGGGUAAUCUGAUAUGACCUGGGGUGGCAGGGUAAUCUGAUAUGGCCUGGGGUGGCAGGGUAAUCUGAUAUGGCCUGGGGUGGCAGGGUAAUCUGAUAUGGCCUGGGAUGGCAGGGUAAUCUGAUAUGACCUGGGAUGGCAGGGUAAUCUGAUAUGGUCUG